AUGGCAGCACCAACUGCACGUACAUUUUACACGACUACUGUUAAUCAAAUGGGCUCCUCGGAAGUACCUGGUCAAGUUUUGGAUACAUCGAAUCGAUUCGGCACACCAUGUCCACCUGUUCAUCCAGUAUUCUUCUCAUACUUUUAUGGAGUUGGAUGGAAUGCUGUGAUUGUUGGCUUAUUAUCUUGCAUUCUUGCGUUGAUCUUUCUGUUAACAUGCCUUUAUUAUUUGGCUUUUCGUCGUCGUUGCAAGAGAGAUGUUUUCGAUAAUUCUGCACCAGUUGUAGUCGUUGACAAAGCAGCAGCUGCUACAAUUCCUGUAACAUGUUCAUCUCAAACGGCAUCAACGACAAUCAUGAAUGAACCAGGUAAAGAAACUAAAAUCAACACCUACUCGGAACAAGCAACAGGACCUAUGCCUGCUGGCGAAUUCGUCAAUGGUAUGUCCUCAGUUGGUAAUGGACAUACGAAUGGUCUCUUAGCUAAUGGUAACGGCGACGCAAGUGAACUUCGUUUACUCCAACACGAACACCAUUAG